AUGGAGGAAAUUGCAGCAAAGUACCAAGCAGGCAAGCUCUACUUGCAACGGCCUCUCCACCAGAUGCUCCCGGCCAGCGUUGUGCUCGAUCUGGUCCCAGGAUUGCGAUCCUUUCGACUGGUCUUGUGCCUUUUUGCAAUUGCAGCCAUCCUUCUGCUCCGGUUAUCGUCCAUCUUGCCCUCACGCAAGAGCCGAGGAGCUCGGCGUUCACGUGAGCAAGCAAAGACCUCUGUUCAGCACAGCGUGGCAGUCUUUCUCGGAUCAGGCGGACACACUGCUGAGCUGCUGCAACUCCUAUCGGCACUUCCGACCGAUCGAUAUCCACAGCGCAUCUACCUUGUCUCUUCUGGCGAUCGAUUCAGUGUGGAUAAAGCCAAGGAUCUGGAGCGUCGCCUCUGCUCAACUUCACCGGACAAGCGGCAAGAUGGGCCAAGCUCAGCGAAAGUGAUACAAAUCCCUCGCGCAAGAAGAGUAGGCCAAAGCUUGCUCACCACGCCCUUGACCCUCGCCAGAAGCGUUGCAUUCUGCGCCGACCAUCUCGCCCUCCGACCACUGCUCAGACCUUUCCCAUCCUCCCAAAAGGGCCGCCCAGCAAAGCCAAUUCUUGCGGAUCUCAUCCUUAUGAAUGGACCAGCGACUUGCGUGCCUAUCGUCGUCGCUGUCUAUCUCUUGAGAAUACUGGGCCUACGCUCGCCCAAGCUCAUCUAUGUCGAAUCCUUCGCUAGAGUCAAGAGCUCCUCACUGACAGCAAAGUUGAUACGACCCUUUGUCGAUCGCUUCCUCUUGCAAUGGCCUCGAGAUCCAUCCGAGGCCCAGCCAGAGAUCAAAACCAAGGCUACAAGUAACACUAUCUUCUCCGGUUGGCUCGUAUGA